AUUUGCUGGGUGGUUGUGUGGCCGAGGUGUACUCUUCUUCCUGGAAAAGAGAAGAGAAAAAAAAGUUCAUUUGUUUCAAACAAAUUACUCUGGCUGUCUUCCAAGAUGUCUGAUUUGUGAAAAGGAGAUGGGUUUGGUGAUCUGUUACAGUGGUGUGCCACUGCAUGUUAGGCUGAGGGUGCUGACAGUCCGAGCUGUGAAUUCCUCUGAAUCAUCUCUGGAUUCUGUCAUUCUGAAGUCUGGUGGUUCACGGUUACAAGUCCUGCAACAAGUUGAUGAGUUGCUGAGGAAGGGGAAUGAGAGGGGAGCUCUCUCCCUGGUCAAGGAUUUGCAGGGAAAGCCUCGGGGUCUUCAGUGCUUUGGAGCAGCAAGGCAGGUGCCACAAAGAUUCUAUAACUUGGAUGAGUUGAAGCUAAAUGGAAUCAACACUGCUGCUUUUUUGUCUCCUGCGGAUAUAACUUUGGGUUCGAUAGAGAGAAAUCUUCAACUUGUUGCAGUCCUGGGAGGCUUUGCUGCAUGGCUUGCAUUUGGUUUUUCUCAACUACAAAUAUUGUAUCUUUCCUUAGGUUUACUGUUUCUAUGGACGUUAGAUUUGGCCUCUUUUGAUGGAGGAGUGAGGAACUUGGUGCUUGAUACGAUUGGUCACAAUCUGAGUCAAAAAUAUCACAACAGGGUUAUUCAGCAUGAAGCUGGUCAUUUCUUGAUAGCCUACUUGCUUGGAAUUCUUCCAAAGGGAUACACAUUAUCAAGUUUAGAAGCCUUAAUGAAAGAAGGAUCAUUCAAUGUGCAAGCUGGAACGUCUUUCGUGGAUUUUGAAUUUCUUGAUGAAAUUGCUACAGGAAAAAUAUCUGCAAAGAUGUUGAACAGGUUCUCAUGCAUAGCUUUGGCAGGAGUGGCUACGGAGUAUCUUCUAUUUGGAUAUUCUGAAGGUGGGCUUGCAGACAUUGAUAAGUUGGAUAAAUUACUUAAAAGCCUGGGGUUCACACAGAAGAAAGCGGAUUCUCAGGUGAGAUGGGCUGUGCUGAAUACUAUUCUAAUACUGCGUCGUCAUGAGAGAGCUAGAUCACAGUUAGCAGAGGCCAUGUCUUCUGGUAAAUCAGUGGGGUGUUGCAUUGACAUAAUAGAAAGAAGUAUAGAUGAUGCAGAUGUUUGAUAGCAAAAAAGUUGGAGAAACAUGCUAUGAUAGAACUGGGAAUGGCUAAAUCUUUGAUGUUUCAAAGUUUUUUUUUUUUUGACAGGUAAAUCUAGUAAAUCGCACUUAUAGGUAGAAGACCUCCCAGAUUCCAUAAAGAAGGGGAAAGACUGUAAUUUGAUUGCUUAAAUUUUCAAAAUGUUGCUUUCCUUGUUGGACACAUGGGGCAUCGAAAAAAUAAAAAAUAAAAAUAAAAAUGUUAGCUGUUCAAUCAA